AUGCAGCAGGUUUUCGUUCCUCUGCUGCAGCAAAAGCAGCAACAACUGCAGCAGCAGCAGCAGCAGCAGCAACGCGCAGGCAGCAAGAGGGGGGCCCCCCAGGGGGGCCCCCCCUGCAUGCAGCCCCACACGGCACCGCUGCAGCAGCAACAGCAGCAACAGCAGCAACAGCAGCAACAGCAGCAGACACAGCAGCAACAGCAGCAACAGAAUAUCAUUAGCUUCCAGCAGGUCUUCAGUAAAUCAACGGAAGCAGCUGCUGCUGCUGCUGCACCCGCAGCAGCAGCAGCAGCAGCAGCAGCAGUUGGAGCAGCAGCAGCAGCAACAGCAGCAACAGCAGCAAGAGCCACACCAGCGCAAUUUAUAGCGCCAGCACAGACAUUAUAUCAGCAGAAGCAGCAGCAGCAGCAGCAGCAGCAGCAACAGCAGCAGCAGCAGGCGCAGCAGCAGCAGCCAUCACACGUGCAGAAACAGCAGCAACAGCAGCAGCAGCUGCUGCAGCAGCCGAGCCCCUCCAGCUGUUGCAGCAGCAGCAGCUACAGCUGCAGCUACAGGAGCGUUGUUUCAAGCAGCAAGAGAAUCAAGAGCAGCAGCAGCACCAGCAGCAACAGCAGCAGCAGCAGCAGCAGCAGCAGCACCAGCAGCAACAGCAGCAGCAGCAGCAGCAGCAGCAGCAGCAGCAAAGUCCCCUACAAAGAAAAUGAGAAGACAAGUGCCUACAACGUCAGCGGAUGA